AUUUCAGUCAUUGGAAUCGGUUCCACAUCUGUUGAGUCGAUUCAUAAGUUCUUUGGAGUCGACUCGCAGCUCAGAGUUCCGUUUUCUCGGCGAUUCCUUGCAGCAGCAGCAGCAGCAGCACCAGCACCAAGGCCACGGAGAUUUCGCAUCACGCACGAUGAAGCCAUGGAGGCACCUCUGGAGGAGCAGGUCAGGACUCACGGCUGUAGUGUUGUUAUUAAGCCGAGCGGCUCGGAUUAACUCGGAUGACGGGGCGAUGGAGGAUCUGACCACGGAGAAGGAGGCUGAGGAAAGUCACCGUCAGGACAGCGUUAAUUUACUCACCUUCAUCCUGCUGCUGACGCUCACCAUUCUCACUAUAUGGCUCUUCAAACACAGACGAGUGCGUUUCCUGCACGAAACCGGCCUAGCUAUGAUCUACGGCUUGCUGGUGGGUGUAAUCCUGCGCUACGGAAUCCCCUCGACCAGUUACCACCAUCAGACUCCGCCCAGCUGCUCCCUGAAGGAGGGGCCAGUCAGCACCCUGCUACUCAACAUCAGUGGCAAGUUCUUCGAGUACACACUGAAGGGCGAGAUCAACUCCCGAGAAAUCCACAACGUGGAGCAGAACGACAUGCUUCGGAAGGUGACCUUUGACCCGGAGGUUUUCUUCAACAUCCUGCUACCUCCGAUCAUAUUCCAUGCAGGAUACAGCCUGAAGAAGAGACACUUCUUCAGGAACCUGGGCUCCAUCAUCACUUAUGCGUUCCUGGGGACCGCCAUCUCCUGCUUCGUCAUCGGGAAUCUAAUGUAUGGAGUGGUGAAGCUGAUGAAGGUUGUUGGACAGCUCAAUGAUAAAUUCUACUACACUGACUGUCUGUUCUUCGGCGCCAUUAUCUCUGCUACAGACCCUGUCACUGUGCUGGCUAUCUUCAAUGAGCUCCAUGCUGAUGUGGAUCUUUAUGCCCUGCUGUUCGGCGAGAGCGUCAUGAACGACGCUGUGGCCAUCGUCCUCUCAUCGUCAAUCAUGGCCUACCAGCCCAGCGGCGCAAACACGCACACGUUUGACGCCUCAGCCUUCUUUAAAUCCGUCGGCAUUUUCAUCGGGAUCUUUAGCGGCUCCUUCGCCAUGGGCGCGGUCACCGGAGUCGUCACCGCUCUCGUCACCAAGUUCACUAAGCUGCACUGUUUCCCUCUGUUGGAGACGGCACUCUUCUUCCUCAUGUCCUGGAGCACCUUCCUGUUGGCCGAGGCGUGUGGCUUCACAGGUGUGGUAUCAGUGUUGUUCUGUGGGAUCACACAGGCUCACUACACAUACAACAAUCUGUCAGAGGAGUCGACCAAACGCACCAAACAGCUGUUCGAGGUGCUGCACUUCCUGGCAGAGAACUUCAUCUUCUCCUACAUGGGCCUGGCUCUGUUCACCUUCCAGAAUCAUGUCUUCAACCCCAUCUUCAUCGUGGGAGCAUUCAUCGCCAUUUUUAUUGGUCGAGCCUUGAACAUCUAUCCCCUGUCCUUCCUGCUGAACCUCGGUCGCAGACACAAAAUCGGUGCCAACUUCCAACACAUGAUGAUGUUCGCAGGACUACGAGGAGCGAUGGCAUUUGCUCUGGCGAUUCGUGACACUGCGACGUACGCGAGACAGACAAUGUUCACCACCACCCUGCUCAUUGUCUUCUUCACCGUCUGGGUGUUUGGUGGAGGAACUACACCCAUGCUGUCCUGGCUUCAUAUCAGAGUGGGCGUGGACCCUGAUCAAGACCUUCAGCAAUGUGGAGACAGCUUCCAGGUCCUUCAAGGGGAUGGAAGUCAGCAGGAAGGCCAGAGCAAGACGAAGCAGGAGAGUGCUUGGCUCUUCAGACUCUGGUACACUUUUGACCACAACUACCUGAAGCCCAUCCUGACCCACAGCGGACCUCCGCUCACCACAACCUUACCGGCCUGCUGUGGACCGCUGGCACGAUUCCUCACCAGCCCUCAGGCCUAUGAGAACAGUGAGCAGCUACAGGACAGUGACUCAGACCUUAUCCUGACAGACAGGGACCUGACGCUGACGUACGGAGACACGGCCAUCACGGUUAACGGGGCCUCGUCUUCAUCAUCGGCGUCAGGACCGAAGAGCGGCAAACGCAACGGCAGCACGUCUGAGGAGGCGCUGGAGAGAGAGCUGGACUCACGGGAGCAGGAGCUCCUGAGCCGGGGCACGCGCUUGGUUUUCCCCAUGGAGGAUCAUGCCUGAGACUUCACCUCUACUCGCUGACUCCCUCUGCACAUUCUCUCUCUCUCUCUCUCUCUCUCUCCUCUCUCUCUAUCUCUCUCCUCUCUCUCUAUCUCCAUGCCUAGGACACCUCACUCCAUCUGAUCCUCCUGUGCUGCUUUAAAGACAUCAGGCAGGGGAGAGGGGAAGAAGGGGAAGAGUCUGAGCGAGAAGAUUGUGUGUUUACUGAACUGCAGAAGAUGCAGAACUUUGGUGAUACUGUGAUUCCAGGAAACAGACUUGAAUUUUCCGAGGAUGGCGAGGAACUCUGGGAAUGCUGGGAGAUGUGAGGGUCCUGACUGUCUGUGGGGAAUUUUAUUUUGUUCUGUUGUUCAUUGCCCACACUGAACAGCUAAAAAUGUGACCCCUAAGUAUAGAUGUGAAGUCUGUCUGCCUCACAAGCCACAUGUAGCUCCUUUAUUUCUCUCACACACACACACACACACAAAAUACAAACAAAAACACACACAAUACAAACAAAAACACACACACACACACAAUACAAACACAAACAAUACAAACACACACACAAUACAAACAAGCACACACAAUACAAACACACACACACAAUACAAACAAAACACACAUACACACAAUACAAACAAGCACACACACAAUACAAACACACACACAAUACAAACAAAACACACACACACACACAAUACAAACAAGCACACACACAAUACAAACACACACACAAUACAAACAAAACACACAUACACACAAUACAAACAAGCACACACACAAUACAAACACACACACACAAUACAAACAAAACACACAAUACAAACACACACAAUACAAACAAAAACACACAUACACACACACACAAUACAAACACACACAUACACACACAAUACAAACAUACACACACACACACAUAAAAUACAAACAAAACACACAUACACACACACAAUACAAACACACACACUACAAACAAACACAUACACACUCACACACAUUUUCUUUGGAAGGAGAAUUUCAGACAUCUUUCUGUAGGCUUCGUUCAGCGUAACCUUUCGUGCUUUCAUUCCCUUUUUCUCUGUUCAGUAUUCACAUGUUUGGUUGCUCUCUGAGUCUGGAGGUGAACGUGUAAAGCUCACACUGGAGAAUUUCUGAGCUGCACGCAGAGACAUUCAUCCAGCACACAGCUGACCAGAGAGAUGCUGCUGACAUCAAACGGCUCAAGACUGAGAUCAGGGGAUGUGAGCAGCGUGCACAGCUGUGACUCUGCCCCCUACACCCAAGUGUGAUGAUGACUCACGCUUUCACGUCACACUGCUGUGUCCACAUCGUAUCUCCUGAGUGUUUAUCUCAGCCGGGCCACGGAAACAAGAGCCGCAAGCACCGGAUGACCCGCCUGCGCGUGCAGCUGCUAAUUAAAUAAACAAAUAACAAAUAAAAUGCUCCUUUAACAUCUACGCCAGAAAUCUGAGCCAUAAGCGAAGAACUGAAUCUGAGAAUGUGGUCCUUCUUGUCCUGUAGAUUCUCCUCACAGGAGAUCGGACACCAGGACAGUCCGAUUCCUCGCCGUAGAAACGAGAAACGUCGUUCGUCACGAUCGGCGCGCUUCAUCUACGUCCUAAUAAAAACAUUCCUCACGAUUACGACUGAAAACCUUAACAGAAGAAAAAUCUGUUGAAAAGUUUAUAAAAGUUAACAUUUUUGUAAAUUCAUUCGUUAUUUUUGCCUUUUAUGAAAAUAUAGCAAAAGCGACCAAUGAAUAGGUUUCAGAAACGAUAUAAAAAUGAUAAAUAAAUUAUAGAUACUAUACAUAUGAUAUCUAUAUACAUUGAAUUGCAAAAGAAAUACAGUUAAUAAUUAUCUUUAUAACGCACUUUAUUUCAACACAAAAUACUAAAAAAUCAUCUGUACGUGAAAGAAUAAAGUAAUUGUCAUUAUAAUUCGAUUUGUAUAUAAACGAUGAACUAGAAAAUGAGCUAUUAGAAAAUUCCAACAAAGCUAAAUGUACAAAACCUAGCUAGCUAGCUAGCUAAUAGAAUGAGGUAAAAAAAAAUACCUAGCUAGCUAAUUUAUUUAGUGGAAUUACAGAAUGAAUUAAUCAGACUUUACAUGAACUUACUCAUGGUAAUGGACCAGCAUUUCAUCCAGGGGUUUAUUCCUGCCUCAUGCCCAGUGUUCAGAAACUUUCCCCUUAAUGGAUGUGAUAUAAAUAGAUUUUUAUUAACAUUUAUUAAAGCCAUUAUCGCAGUUUUGUGAUGUUUUUGGAUUGAUGCACAAUUUAUUUUUUUUUUAUUUUUUUUUAUUAGUUUCUUUCCACACCAUUUUUUCAUUGUGUUUCGUUUAGAUGAAGUUCCUGUUUUUUUCUUUUAUAAAAAUGGGGGACACAAACUUUUGCACCCUCGUACGACUUCGUGGUGUACUACAGCCUGUAUCUUAGGGACCGUGAAACGGUUGCUGCUUCAAGUCCUCCUCAGAUGUUCACAAGGUUUUGGUUGGGAAACAAAAAAUAGAGAAAGCUGUUGUUGUUUUUGUUUAUUUUUGCUUUCAUCGUCAACACAAAAAAAAGUGUUGCUUUUGUUUAGAGAUCAUACAGAGCUGAAAGCUUAACACCAUCGCUUAGAUCUUUGUGUUUAUUUUACUGAGCACUGUUACUUUUCUUAUUAACACAGAAAAUGUUCAGAAGAUCCCGAGUUCGAAUCCUGAUGAUGUUUCUUAGUUUUCCUCUGAGAAAAAUUGAGAUUUUGUUAAUAAGAGUUUAUGAACAGCUAUAAUAGCUUUAUGAUACUCUUAUGACAGAGCUAUGUAGAUCACCUCUGUCCCUUAUGUAAAGUUUAUAUUUCUGUGUGUAGCCAGUCGUGAGCGAGUGUAUGUGGAAGAGGGUAGAGAGAAGAUAGCGUGUUGGUCUGCCAUGUCUCAGAUGAAGUAGGUCUUCACCACCUUCUGCUCCAUGGCUGUGGUCUGACAGCGCAGAGCUGGAUGGUGGUGUGAAGCUCUUGUGUGAGAGCAGAUUCCUCAUGUGAACACACCUUGUGUUGAGCAACCAUCCUGAUGUGUUAAUCCAAAACUGAGGAAGAACAUCAAUCUUCAUCUCUUCUCUCAGCAGUUUGAAGCUAGAACAUCAUGUCAGGAGAAAGCUGUGUUCCGGAAAGGAAGCAAAACUGGAUUGUAACUUUUCACACUCAGCUUCUUCUCUAAAACCUUCUUUUCUUCUUGUGUUUUUUUUUUUCCUUCAUAAAAGUCUCCUUACCUUAUCGGUGGACCAUCGCAGACCUGAAAGCAAACUGUGAAAACAUCUUCAUCCUCAUGCUGUCAAUCAUUUCACGUUUGACCUCAGAAAUGACUCGAUGAAGCUGACGUUGUCAUGGUUAGUUGCACUUUGGACUUCUGGGAUGGAACUGGAUCCAGCUCCGACUCAAACCGACUUCCUGCAGCUGUUCCGGAGGCGUCCAGACCGAUCCGACGGAUUUGUACAUACGUCUAGGUUUCUUCUCCCGUAGCUGUCGGCUUGUCCCCCGCCGUCCUGCAUGUGUUCGUCUCCGUCCGAAUAUACUCCGUAACGAAGGAUGCCAUGUUGAAUGUGUGUGAUGUAUCUAUCUACCCAGACGACAGCGUCGUCACUUAUUACUCCUUAUAACGUGUGAAAAUGCACUCCAGCCUGUCUGAUGAUUAAAAAAAAAGUGUAUGCAUUAAAGACACGUGUACAUUACGAACCAUAUAUCAAUGUAUUCGACUGGUUUACAGUAGCAAUAUGUUAACGACGAGGGAAUUGCUUUGUUACCGAAUAAAAUCAGAGACGAUGUUUACAAAAAAA